AUGUAUAAAUCUAAAAAAUGUAUUCCGAAAUUCUGGAAAUGGGAAAAGAAAAUUUAUGAUUGGAGUCAUAAUUCUAUUUCUUUCAAAGCAGUAAUUUUACUGCUCCUCAUCAUCGUCACUCUGACCAACUUAUGCAGUCUAACAGUCAAUGGUCAAUUCAUGGAAUUCUUCAGUGACUACAAGAAAAACCACAUUGAAGAUGAGAUAAAUUACUCGUUUCGUUAUGUUAUUGAUCAUCCUGAAAGCGGGGUGACACUGGACCAUUGGGAGGAUAGGAAGGGCAUACAAGUCAAUGGCAGAUAUGGUCUUUUAGAACCUGGUGGAUAUGUUCGAGAUGUACGGUAUGAAGUCAAUGGAGAUAAUGGAUUCCGAAGUGUUGUGCGAACCAGAAUGCCAGGAAGUAGAACCCAUCAGGUUUUAUUUGUUUUGCGAUCACAACCGAAGGAAUCAUUGAGAAGAGCUGAACCUGUUGCAUUUGUGGUGUAA